UUUCAAUCCUCACGGUUGGUCAGCGCCAAACUCUAGACAACCAGAUAGCAAAAACAACAGCUGAGAACAGAGCAUCGCGCCAACAAAUCUAAUUGUGUUUUCCGAAAGUUUCAAUUGUUUGCAUUUCUGUAAACAAUUAGGGAGUUGUGGCUAUUUCAAUUAGUACUUAAAUACUUGCGCUCCAAAGGAGCUUGUGUACUUUUAAAAUAAUUUAAAUAAGAAAACAGAAAUAUAAGAAAAUAAUAUCAUAUAAAUAAAUCAAAAUAGUGCUACGACUAAGGAACGUAUAUUAAUUCAGUGACUGGUGAAAAUAUGUAUUAUUUAAAUCAUAAUAACAGGAAAGCUGAAAAAUUCAACAUCCGCAUGAGCCAAGGCAGAUGAAGUCAACAAGCUACAAGCAACAAACUAAAGGAAAAAGAAAAACAUUUAGAAUAAGAAUAACUUGUUACCAGAGCCACAGGCGGCAAAAUACUUUCCGCAAUGCUAGCGAAAAUAGCUAAAAUGUGCAUUUUAACAUUUGUAAUUGCCUGCACAGUUUGCGGCACGGCGGCACAAACGGGCGAGGCAACAACAACAGCAUCGCCAAUAACAUCAGCAACUUUUACCAUAACAAAUGACUCGCACAGCAGCUACGCCCACAGAGUGGUCAGUGCCCCCGGCGUAGGCGAAUCGGAACGUUUCGAGAGUACAGCGAAAACUUUAUCGGGAAUACAAAUUGGGCUUACCACCUCUGCCUCGACCACGCCCAUAACGACAGCUACAGCAGCCGCGGCCAUUCCAAGCGGAAAUGAAGCAGGCGAGGUUGCCGCAUCAGCAUCAGCAGCAACAACAACACGGGAAUAUGCAAUCUCAACUGGACCAACAGGAGCUGGCACAACGGAAGCAGCAGCCACAGCGGCGGAUGAGCUAAUGACGACAAACGUGCCGCCACUCGCAUCGCUGAGCGGCGUUUUUGACAGGCUUUACCGCAUUAGGCUAAGCGAGCCAGCAGCAGAGAUUGAGCAGCAGCAGCAGCAGGAAGGGGAGGAUGACUCCGGCGACUCUCCAGCUCUGCCAAUACAUAUACAAAUGCAGGCGGCAGAAUCUUACCAGGUGGCCGAGACGCUCGCCGAUCUCAAUGAGGAUGAGCGGACGCGCUAUGGUGCCCUAUUGGCCCAGCAGCCGAUGGGGGCGAGCAAGCUGAAUAUUGUGGAUCUGUAUCCGGUGCAGCUGGAGGACUUUCAGCCGAUGAUGCAGAGCGAUAAUGAUGAGCUGCUCAGGCAGCGUACCGUGUUCCGACAGCCCGAUAAUGUCGACGAGUACCGACAGAAUCUAAUGCCCAACGAGGUGGAGGUAGACAACCCAAGGGUCAAUCAGGCAACGACAAUGAAGACGGCAACGGCAACCCCGUUGACAACCACUCCUGGCGUGGAGUCCACGCCUAGCUAUUUUACCGGCAAGUUGUUGGCUGAGCAAGAUGACUUGAUAACGGAAAUCGAGCGCAAGUUUCAGUUGCACGAAACUACAACCGCGGCUCCUUUGAGGAGGAGCCAGGCGCAUGGGCUGCCACAGCUGGCUCCGGGCGACACCUACAUUGAUCGGCGUGUGAAGAAAAGCUUCGAGUUUCCGAUGCAGCAACGGGCCAGCGAUGUCAUGGGCAUACCACACGUCGACUUUGCCAACACCAAGUUCAAUACGGAUGCGGCGGCAUCUGCCGCGGAGGCAGCCGUUGCCUCGCAUCCCGAGUUCUCCACCACAAAGUUCUACAACAGCAAAGAGUUGUACAACGAAAUGUUGUUGCACAAUAAACGAAAGUUAAUGAAAGAAAUUGGCACUGCGCUAGGGACGACUGCACCCACUGGGAGCAGCAUUAUAAAGUCAUCAGAGGGCCCAGCAUUGACUGAGAGUUUCGGGCAAAGUUCAGAGCAGCAGCCACGUCAAGUCAUUAGAGCAAGCGAAACCGCAAACUUGGCGGCAAGCAGCUCGACGGAGUCGCCCCCACCUACCACGCACUUGCCGCCGAGACGCGUGACUUUGACGACUACGGCGGAAAGUUUUGACGGCGCCUCAGCAGCAAAAACAACGAGUAAAUGGUCUACUGUGAAACCCAUAAAAUAUGGGCAGGAGCUUAAGCGUGCUAAAUUAUUGCUGAAGGAUGCCGCCGACCCGCAGUUGGAAAAGCUGGAAGUGGUCUCGGCCAAAAUCAAAAUAACAACGUCUGCCUCAAAGCAAAGUCCAGACGUGGAGAGACCACGUCAUUCAGCUAAUCUUACUAAAUCGGAAUUAAAGCCAAUUGCUCCGCCGCGGAUUUUAAGUCGUCUCCAGGAGAAAAUCAAUUCGCUUGAAUGUGACAUACAAAAUGUGCCGCAGGAUUCGCAUCUGUGGCGUGGCAACGAAACGCACGAGCUCCUCCUCCCAAAUGUGAUCCCGGAACAAUGCCAACUCGGUGAGCCUUGUACUCCUAAUAUGUACACGUGGGAAGGCGAAGUAGACAUCCAGUCCGGUGAUAUUUUAAUUGUCGAAAUCAACGAUGCCAAGUUGAGGACAGCAAAUGUGCAGAACAACACAACCAGGGUGCCACACUCCCCCAACUACAGCCAAAGCGCUGCGCAUGCUGCACAGGUCUACCAAGUAACACGUUCCGGCCACGAACAUUGCGAUGUAACCGAAGGUGUGCUCCUGGAUAUUACGCCUCUGGUGGUCGAUGGAAGGAAGCUGGUUACGUUGUAUGAUAAGGACCUCACUGAGGGAGUUAACUUGUUAAUUGUGGUGUCCGAGCUGUGGGGAGGGCAAUGUGUGCGCCUAAAGGUGACCACAAAAACCGACAAUUGCGGCGAGGGCGCCGAUUGCUCCGGCAAGGGCGUGUGCUACUCGAACGGGGCCAUGGAGGAGUACGAGUGUCAGUGCUGCGUCGGUUUUGCAGGUCCCCAUUGCGAGGAAAUUGAUGCUUGCAAUCCCAGCCCGUGCACCAACAAUGGCAUUUGUGUCGACCUCUCCCAGGGCCACGAGGGCAACUCGUAUCAGUGCUUGUGUCCAUACGGCUAUGCGGGCAAAAAUUGUCAAUACGAAUCGGAUCUCUGCAAUCCAGCCGAGUGCAUGAACGGCGGCAGCUGCCUGGGAAACUCAACGCACUUUCGCUGCGACUGCUCUCCGGGAUACACGGGUCCACUCUGCCAGCACAGCCUAAACGAAUGCGAAUCCUCGCCCUGUGUGCAUGGUAUUUGUGUGGAUCAAGAAGAUGGUUUUCGCUGCUUCUGUCAGCCAGGCUUUGCUGGCGAGCUGUGCAACUUUGAAUAUAAUGAAUGUGAAUCGAAUCCGUGUCAAAACAGCGGCGAAUGUAUCGAUCACAUCGGCAGCUUUGAGUGUCGCUGUACGAAAGGUUAUUCAGGCAACCGUUGCCAAAUAAAGGUUGAUUUCUGCGCCAAUAAGCCGUGCCCCGAAGGACAUCGCUGUAUUGAUCAUGGAAAUGAUUUCAGCUGCGAAUGCCCAGGAGGUCGCAACGGACCGGAUUGUAAUCAAAUGCCACGAACGUACUUUCAGCAGUGCAGCGCGAAUCCGUGCACCCAUGGCGGCACCUGCUGGUCCAGCGGGGACAGCUUUUACUGUGCGUGCCGUCCCGGCUACACGGGCAAAAUGUGUGAAGAUGAGUUUGUGGUCGAGACCGUCGUCAGCUCGAGUGAAUUUAUUGUCGACGAUGCGAGCGCCAGAAAUUUUAAUGACAAAACUUUUGGUUCAUCGGUUGUGCUUAAGAGUCCCAUUGAAUUGCAUAAUGCAUAUUUUGCGGCUGGAGUCCUGGCGGCCGCCAUUUUCAUCGUUGCCGUUGUGGUCACAAUUUGCCACUGCAAUGUCAAUCAAACGUAUCGCAAGUUCUCCACGCGUUCCACUUCAUUUAUUCCUAUUUUGGGCUUUAGUCGACGACCCAAGACGCAAGGAGCACUCAACAAACAUUGGCUAAGUGGCAAAGUUCUCAAUGAUCCCACUGCAGCUGCACAGCGUGACCUAAACUCUGCGGCAGCCGGCAAUCCGGCACAGUCAACGCGUCAUUUGUCCUCCAGGCCAAAUGGCAGCAGCCUCCAUACCCAGACCACGCUGGGUGGACAACUGCACGAGCGGCCAUUCCAACGGCAUCUGGCCAUGAAUAUGGAGAACGACAUGUACUACACGGUGGACUUCAGUGAGAACUCGCAGCACUUGCCGCUAAUACAGUGAGACUUGGCUCUUGCAGCUGGAACAGCAGCUUUAGCAGAAGCUGCACCCGGAGCUAAGGAUGAUGGCUGGCUAGUUAAAUUCACAAAGAAGCCCCAAUCGCAUUAGUAGAGUAAGAACUGAUUCGUGUUGAAAACUUUUUUGUGCUACUCUUGCAGUGCCAGUACUGACAAUAUUGACAGUACUGAUAUUAUUAAAAACAAAUAGAAAAUAAAAACAAACAUUAAAAUAAAGUUGACUACAAAUUAACCAUUUGAUUAAACAAAUACAAUACAUAUUACAUGAUGAUAGGCUUAACAGCUUGUGUGCUAAUGUUUAUUUAAGUCGGGCAAACACAAACUUCACAGUUUAUAGUUUACAAUAGCUGAGGUCGCGUUAUGGUCGAAUUGUGUGGUUUUAACUGAUUGUGAAUUAUAUA